AUGCGCACAUCCCUUCAUGAUAUCUCGUCUGCUAGCGCAAGCCAUCGACGAGAUGCAAUCCCUAUAACUCUCAUCGAGCCCUUGGAAGCACGCCGCCAGGCCGAAGAGGGACCUAUUGAAGCUCGGGGCAUGGUCAAUACCAGCACCGGACGAGGGAAACGAGAGGCCGAGGCUGAGGCUGAGGCUGAAGUCCUCGAAGCACGCGGAAGGUUCGGGAGUAAAGCAGGUGGCGUUCCACGGGAUGCAGAUGCGGAGACCGUCAAGCGGGCUAUCGGGUUUCCAAAAGGUGGCUCGUCCAGAAGACGUCGGGAUGCACAGGGGCUCAAGUUCAACAGCCCUGGUGGUCAUCGACGAGAUGCGGAUGCAGAGACCAUCGACCGAUCUAUCAGACUUCCAGAAGGUAACCUGGACACCGGUGGAGUCACUAUUUCCAACGAGGCCCUGGCCGACCGUAGUCGCCUUGUCACAUGGCCCCGCACACGCGAUGCUGAGGCAUCGAACGAUGUGGUUGCGCGUGGAAAGGGAGUGCCAUGGACUCCCAAGCGCGAUGCUGAGGCAAUCAAGAUCAACAGCCCUGGCGGCCAUCGACGAGAAGCCGAGCCCAUUAAACAAGCUCUCGGACUCCCAGCAGGUGGUUCGGGCACCGAAGGCCUCGCUAUAUCGAACGCGGCCCUGGCCGAGCGAGGUCACAACGUCCCAUGGGGAGGCAAGCGCGCCACCGACCCGGCAGACGACUUGGCCGAGCGAGAUCAAGGCUCGCACUGGGGUGGACGCAAGCACACCCUGGAGGUUCUCCUAAGAGAGACCCUACCCCAGGUCGCGGCGGCAGCUACCGACGCGAAGCUGAGCCCAUCAGACAUGCACCAGGAGGCGGCUGCCCUCGGGAUGCCGCUCCCAUCAAAAUUCCACUAG